AUGCCCUCCGUCGAACAAAAGUACAGCCAGUGGCGCGCAGACUACGUGCGCUCCUGGGGCGAGCUCGUCUACAUCGACUACAACAAGAAGGGUGAAGUUGAGCAAAAAAACGCCAUCACCUGCUCCGAAGCAGUUGGAUACGGAAUGUUGAUUUCGGUACUGAUGCACAACCAACAGGACUUUGACGGCCUCGUCCGCUGGUUCCUGCACUUCAAAAACGAUAACGGACUCCUUGCCUGGCAGCAGAUCGACGACAAGCAUAACAGGACCUACUCCAACGCCCCCGACGGCGGUACCAACUCGGCCACCGACGGCGAUAUCGACGUCGCCACUGCCCUCUUCUACGCCGCUCGACUCUGGGGUCGUUCCCCCUGCGGUCGCUACGACUACCGCCAGAUCGCCGUUCCACUCUGCAAGGCUAUUCUUGAGCACGAGAUCAACCCUUACACUUUUAUGCCGACCUUGGGUGAUUGGGUCAAGAUCCCAAAGCCGCAGAUGGGCGCGAUGGGCUACAGCGGUGGAGCGCAGUAUGGCGAAGAGAGCGAGUACAAGGAUGUCACCCGGCCCUCGGAUUUUAUCUUAUCCGGGUUCUUGACGUUUUAUAACGAGGAUGUGGAGCGAUGUGAGGAGUGGAGGAAGGUGCUGGACAGCAUCAUUAUGACGGUCCAGCAUCAGCUUGCGCUGAACCAAACAGGACUGAUUGCUGAUUUUUUGAAGCAGUCUGCGAAUGGGUUCUAUGAACCCUCGGCCCACAAGAUCCUCGAGAGCGACAACGAUAAGGAUUACAACUGGAACUCUUGCCGUGUCCCAUGGCGCCUGUCAGUAUACUACCUGCUCACCAGAGACCCAAGGAUCCAACCCGCCCUGAUGGCCCAAGCAAACUUCUUCGGAUCCCUCUCAGAGAUCCACGCAGGAUAUCACCUAAACGGCCACAAGAUCUCGGACCGCUCUUACUCGGACCUGUCCUACACCGCCCCCGCAUCGGUUGCCAUGUGGACCAUGCAACACCCUGCCCUGGGCCGUGUCCAGAACGAGAUGGAAAACUUGGAGGAAGACCGAUCGUAUUUCGGAGACUCGAUCCAGCUGCUCUGUCUCUUGCAGGCCAGGAACCCAAAAGGAUAUUAA